CGAGGAGGGGCUCGCGAGGAGGCGGCGGCGGCGUGAGGCACCCAUGGCGGGAGGAAUCAAAGUGGCGGUCUGGUCGGCCGUUGGUCCCGGGCCCUGGUGCUGGGGGCCCGCGGGCAGUGCGGUCGCCUGGCUGCUCUUAGUCCUCUUCGGCUGCGUGGUCUGCGGCUCAGCUGGAAUUGAUGUAAAUGUGGUCAUGCUUCAGGAGUCCCAAGUUGAUAUGAAUUCCAAUCAACAAUUCUGUUAUAAAAAUGUGCUUAUCCCAAAGUGGUAUGAUAUAUGGACACGGAUACAGGUCCGGGUAAAUAGUUCCAAAUUGGUCCGAGUCACCCAGGUGGACAAUGAGGAGAAGCUGAAGGAGCUAGAGCAGUUUAGUAUCUGGAACUUUUUUUCUUCCUUUUUAAAAGAGAAAUUGAAUGACACCUAUGUUAACGUGGGUCUGUACAGCACAAAAACCUGCCUCAAAGUUGAGAUUAUAGAGAAGGACACCAAAUACAGUGUCAUUGUGACCCGGAGAUUUGACCCCAAACUCUUCCUUAUUUUCCUCCUUGGACUUACGCUAUUUUUUUGUGGAGACUUGUUGAGCAGGAGUCAACUUUUCUACUAUUCCACUGGAGUGAGUGUGGGAAUUGUGGCCUCUCUGCUAAUCAUCAUUUUUAUGCUCUCCAAGUUUAUGCCCAAGAGAAGUCCCAUUUACGUCAUCCUGGUAGGAGGCUGGUCCUUUUCUCUGUACCUCAUUCAGCUAGUUUUUAAGAAUUUACAGGAGAUAUGGAGAUGUUAUUGGCAUUAUCUUCUAAGCUACGUCCUCACAGUUGGAUUCAUGAGUUUUGCAGUGUGCUACAAGUAUGGGCCCUUGGAGAACGAGAGGAGCAUCAACCUGCUGACUUGGACACUGCAGCUGCUGGGCCUGGGCUUCAUGUACUCCAGCAUCCAGAUACCACACAUUGCUUUUGCUCUGGUCAUCAUUGCGCUGUGUACCAAGAAUCUGGAGUAUCCCAUUCACUGGCUGUACAUCACCUACAGAAAGAUGUGUAAAGCAACAGAAAAGCCUGUCCCCCCUCGCCUCCUGACAGAAGAAGAGUAUCGGAUACAAGGAGAGGUGGAGACCCAAAAAGCUUUACAGGAGCUCCGAGAGUUUUGUAAUAGCCCAGAGUGCUCUGCCUGGAAGACUAUAUCUCGGAUUCAGUCUCCAAAAAGAUUCGCUGACUUUGUGGAAGGUUCUUUUCACCUCACGCCAAAUGAAGUCUCUGUUCACGAGCAGGAGUAUGGAUUAGGGAGCAUAAUUGCCCAGGAUGAGGAGCUGUCCUCAGAGGAGGAAGGCUCAGAGUACCCUGCUGUGGUCACCCAGAACAGCUUCCUGACUUAGUUGGGAAUCGGUUAUUUUCAUGUAGACUGGUGUGCGAGGGUGCAGAAGCUCGCCUGCUGAAAGCCGAGGACUGGGGGUGUCACCCCGGCAGUGCUUUGGUGGUCUCCAAGGGAUCCCUGAGGAAAGAGUGGAGGAAGAAGUGAGUGCCGUGGUCGCUUGAUUCUGACAGUUGAGCUAUUGGUCCACUUUACUAUUCCUGAAGAAACUGGUUGGCCACAGCCAGCAUGAUAGUCUAGCUCCUGUUUGAAAGUUCACUGAAUGAUGGUGAUUCCGUCACUGUGACAAACUCUCAGAAAUUAAGUGCAGUAAUGCAUUCAGAUCAUAGACUGCAUCUCCUAAAGAGAAAUCUACAAGUUUGAGCCAUU